GUAGAAAAUAGUGAUUUUGGAUCGAUUAGUGAAAAACUGGUGAAAUCCAGUUUGUAUUGCAGUCAUAGACCAGAAUCUGACGCAACUUACAGUGAAUAAUGGCAUAGGAAUUGACUUUUCAUAUGAUUUCAUUCGCAUUACACAUAUUUUGAAAUUAUGCCACUUUUUGCUCAAUUCUCUCAUUUUAUAUUUUCAAGUUAUUUAUUACAAUUGGAAAUUAAUAAUUGAAUUAUUAUUGCGUUGACAGUAAUUGCGGUCAUGACUAUCGACGGCCCAGAAUUAGUUGUGUUUGAUUUUGACGAGACAAUAGUUGACUGUAAUUCAGACACAUAUAUCAAUGAAUUGGCCACCGAUGGCGUCAUUCCCGAAGAGAUUAUGAAUAAAUACUACGAUCACAACAAUUGGAUUGAAUACAUGAGACAAGUUCUCACAUAUCUUCACAAAAGCGGUGUUACAGAAGAAGAGCUGCGGAAUUGUCUCAAACGAAUGCCACUCAUCACUGGUAUGAAAGACUUGGUCUCUAAUCUCAAGAACUCAGGUCCACAGAAAUACGAACUGAUUAUCAUUUCCGAUGCAAACACUCUAUUCAUUGGACAGUCUCUCGAAUUCAAUCAAUUGGAUAAAGCAUUCCGCAAAGUAUACACAAAUCCUGCAAAAUUUGAUGGGAAUGGAUGUCUUCAGUUGGAAGGAUAUCACGACCAGAAUUGGUGCGAUAUUUCAUCCAUUAAUCUCUGCAAAGGAUUUGUUUUAAUGGAUUACAUCGCGAAACGCAAAAUAGAGGACAACAUUAUCUUCUCUCGAGUCUCAUAUAUAGGCGACGGAAACAACGAUAUCUGUCCGGCACUCAAACUUACACCAAAUGAUCGAAAAAAUAUUCCAACGGAUAUCAAAACUGGUUUAUCAAAAGAACAACUCAUCGAAACCAUAAAGGAUUACGAGGCACUGAUUGUGAGAUCGGCCACAAAUGUAACGGCAGAUGUGAUCAAUGCAGGCAAGAAACUGAAAGUAAUCGGUAGAGCGGGUGUGGGAGUGAACAAUAUCGAUGUGGACGCGGCCACCAAACAAGGCGUUAUUGUCAUUAAUGCUCCGGGAGGCAAUACAAUCAGUGCAUGUGAGCUGACAUGUACUAUGAUUUUAUCCCUCUCGCGACACAUCACUCAAGCCUGUGCUUCGCUUAAGAGUGGUGUUUGGGACCGAAAAAGUUUUUCUGGCAAUGAAUUGUUGGGCAAAACAUUGGCGAUCAUAGGUUUAGGUCGUAUCGGGAGAGAAGUGGCCACAAGAAUGCAAGCGUUUGGUAUGAAGACCAUUGGAUUUGAUCCGUUAGUUUCGGCCGAUGUGAGCAAAACAUUUGGUGUGGAGAGCUUUCCAUUGGACCAGAUCUGGCCUCAGGCCGACUACAUCACUGUUCACACUCCACUCAUUCCUCAAACUAAAAAUCUGUUGAAUGACAAAACUCUGGGUGAGUGUAAGAAAGGGGUGCGACUGAUAAACGUUGCGCGCGGAGGCAUCAUAGAAGAGGAGGCGCUCUUACGGGCCCUACAGUCAGGACAAGUGGGCGGCGCAGGACUCGAUGUGUUUGAAUCAGAACCACCGAAACGAACUCAACUAAUAAGUCACCCCAAAGUGAUUUGUACACCACAUUUGGGCGCGAGUACUGCUGAAGCCCAGAUCAAUGUGGCCAAAGAAAUCGCACUCCAGUUUUUGGAUCUCAUUGAUGGCAAAUCAAUCCACGGAUGCGUAAAUGCUUCUCUUCUUCCCAAACAUUAAACUACU